AUGGAAGACUUCCGAGACUGCCUCGCCGACUGCGGCUUGGCGGAUCUUGGAUUCUCGGGAUACCCAUUCACAUGGGAUAAUAAACGGGAUGGUCAAGAUAAUAUUCAGGUGCGGCUUGAUCGAGCUACAUGCAAUGAUGGUUUUCUGUCCACAUUCCCGGAGACGACGGUCGAACAUAUAUUGACGGAGGAGUCGGACCACCAAGCUCUCCUGGUGCAUGCAGUGGAGACGGCUCCACAGUAUGGUCAGGGAGCGGAUAUACCUUUUCGUUAUGAGGAGGCUUGGACUCGCCACGAGAAAUAUGAUGAGAUGGUGACUCAAGUCUGGGAAGCUGCGAGUCAGAUGGAUCCCAGGGUGCCGAGGCUAUUUUACAGAAUAUUGCUCAGCUUGUCACUCCUGAGAUGA